GAAGUUGCCCUUACUUUCAUUCUGUUUUCCCAUCCUUUUCUCAUGAACUUCCGGUUUAUAACUCUACAUUCUCAAGCUUACAAUGUCGGAUUCCGAGAGUGACGAAGAGCGGCCCUUUUCGCUAACUGGGUUUUUAUUUGGGAACAUUAAUGAGGACGGGCAGCUGGAAGAUGAUUCUGUGCUGGAUAAGGAAUCGAAAAAACAUCUGGCUGGUCUGGGAGCCUUGGGACUUGGAAAUCUUCUAACAGAGAUCACAUCCAGCGUGGAUGAAGGGGCAGAAACAGAAGGAGUCAAUGUGGAUGAUGAUGGCUGGGUUAAGAGCACUGAUGAUGCUAUUGAUUACUCUGAUAUCAAUGAAGUGGCUGAGGAUGAAUCUCGUAGAUACAGACAGGCCAUGGGAAACCUUAAUUUGUCCCGCAGGACUGAUGAUGAUGAUGAUGACUAUGAUGCAGACUGUGAAGAUAUUGACUCAAAGCUUAUGCCCCCACCACCACCACCUCCAGUAACAUGCAAAAAAGAUGAGGACCGACCAGCAGUUUCUGCAGCCCAAGAAGAUAAUGAUGGGAUUAUUCUCCCCUCCAUCAUUGCUUCCUCCUCCUCAUCCUUGGAAAGGGUGGAUUUCAGCAGUUCCUCGGAUUCUGAAUCUGAGAUUGGCCCGCAAGACAAAUCAAAAGAGGAGAAAAGGGAAAGAAAGCAGCUGACAUUGCCUCUGGCUGGAAUAAUGCAGAGAGAUGCCACCAAGCAACUCCCCAGUGUUACUGCGCUUUUCCCAGAGUUUAGACCUGGCAAGGUCCUGCGCUUUCUUCGACUUUUUGGCCCUGGAAAAAGUGUAUUAUCUGUGUGGCGUAGUGCUCGGAGGAAGCGAAGGAAGAAGCACCGUGAAAUGGUGCAAGAAACUCCUGCUAAGGAGGGAGAGGAGACAGAGGCUCCUGUGGAAAAGAAGUCUUGUUGGGAAUAUGAAUAUGCCCCUCCACCACCACCAGAGCAAUGCCUCUCCGAUGAUGAGAUUACCAUGAUGGCUCCUGUGGAACCCAAAUUCUCACAGUCUACGGGGGACAUUGAUAAGGUGGCAGAUACAAAACCCAGGGUAGCUGAGUGGCGCUAUGGGCCAGCACAGUUGUGGUAUGAUAUGCUUGGAGUACCAGAAGAUGGUAGUUCUUUCGACUAUGGAUUUAAACUAAAAGAAAAUAAUGACACAGAAGAAAACGAAAUGCAGACAGAGGAGCCAGUAGAAGCCCCAGAUUCCCCCACGCAAUUCCUGGAUGAGCAUUUCCUGAUGGUAACCCAGCUGCAGUGGGAAGAUGACGUGAUCUGGAACGGGGAAGACGUAAAGCACAAGGCGACUAAAACACAGAAGGCAAGCUUGGCUGGCUGGCUUCCUUCUAGCAUGACCAGAAAUGCAACUGCAUACAAUGCCCAGCAAGGGUUGAAUCGAACAGGAUCUUUGUUGAAUCUUCCAACUCCGCUUGUGCAGAAACCAGCAAUGCCAGGAGCACUCAUUUCUGUGAAAGGAAAAGAGAAACACCCUACAGAACAGCAAGCAUCUAUAGAGGAAGAUCGUCCAUGGUUUUCUAUUUUCCCCAUUGAUAAUGAGGAGCUAGUGUAUGGACGCUGGGAAGAUAACAUCAUUUGGGAUGACCAAGCCAUGGAUAGGAUACUGGAUCCUCCUGUGCUGAAUUUAGAUCCUAAUGAUGAAAACAUCAUAUUAGAAAUACCUGAUGAGAAGGAAGAGACUACAUCCAAUUCACCUUCUAAGGAAAGCAAAAAAGAGUCUUCUUUAAAGAAGAGCAGAAUCUUGUUAGGAAAAACCGGAGUCAUCAAGGAGGAACCACAGCAGAAUAUGUCCCAGCCGGAGGUGAAAGAUCCCUGGAAUCUAUCGAAUGAUGAGUUUUACUAUCCUAAGCAACAAGGUUUGCGUGGAACAUUUGGAGGAAACAUAAUUCAGCACUCUAUUCCGGCUGUGGAGCUCAGACAGCCAUUCUUUCCAACCCAUAUGGGCCCGAUGAAACUCAGACUGUUCCACCGUCCUCCUUUGAAAAAAUACUCUUUUGGUGCUCUGUCACAACCAGGGCCUCACCCAUCUCAGUCUCUGCUGAAACAUAUCAAGAAAAAAGCAAAGAUGAGGGAACAAGAGCGGCAGGCAUCUGGAGGUGGAGAGAUGUUCUUUAUGCGCACAUCACAGGAUCUUACUGGCAAAGAUGGAGACCUCAUUCUUGCAGAGUAUAGUGAAGAGAAUCCCCCUCUUAUGAUGCAAGUUGGCAUGGCAUCAAAGAUAAAGAACUAUUACAAAAGGAAACCAGGGAAAGACCCAGGAGCACCUGACUGUAAAUUUGGUGAAACAGUAUACUGCCACACAUCACCGUUCCUGGGUUCCCUUCACCCUGGACAGCUGUUGCAGGCCUUUGAAAAUAAUCUGUUUAGGGCUCCAAUCUACUUGCACAAGAUGACUGAGACAGACUUUCUGAUCAUCCGCACGCGGCAGGGAUAUUAUAUUCGCGACAUAGUGGAUAUUUUUGUGGUUGGGCAGCAGUGUCCCCUUUUUGAAGUUCCUGGACCUAACUCCAAACGUGCAAACACCCAUAUCCGUGAUUUUCUUCAGGUGUUUAUAUACCGCCUGUUUUGGAAGAGCAAGGACAGACCCCGUAGGAUUCGUAUGGAGGACAUAAAAAAAGCUUUUCCAUCCCACUCUGAGAGCAGCAUCAGAAAAAGGCUUAAACUCUGUGCUGAUUUUAAACGUACAGGAAUGGACUCUAAUUGGUGGGUGUUAAAGCCAGACUUUCGUUUACCAACUGAGGAAGAGAUUCGUGCCAUGGUUUCUCCUGAGCAGUGUUGUGCUUAUUACAGUAUGAUUGCUGCUGAACAACGUCUGAAGGAUGCUGGCUAUGGAGAAAAAUCCUUUUUUGCGCCUGAAGAAGAGAAUGAGGAAGAUUUUCAAAUGAAGAUAGACGAUGAGGUGCGUACAGCUCCCUGGAACACAACAAGGGCAUUUAUUGCAGCCAUGAAAGGAAAGUGUCUGUUAGAAGUUACCGGAGUGGCAGAUCCAACUGGGUGUGGAGAAGGCUUUUCCUAUGUCAAGAUUCCCAACAAGCCCACUCAGCAAAAGCAAGAUGACAAGGAACCUCAACCAGUCAAAAAAACUGUGACAGGAACAGAUGCAGAUCUGCGCAGACUCUCACUGAAAAAUGCUAAACAGCUUCUGCGCAAAUUUGGUGUGCCAGAGGAAGAGAUAAAAAAACUAUCCCGUUGGGAAGUGAUUGAUGUUGUACGCACAAUGUCGACAGAACAGGCCCGUUCAGGCGAGGGGCCAAUGAGUAAAUUUGCCAGAGGUUCCCGUUUCUCAGUAGCAGAACAUCAGGAAAGAUAUAAGGAGGAAUGCCAAAGAAUUUUUGACCUUCAGAACAAGGUGUUAGAAUCUGCUGAAGUUCUGUCUACUGACACAGACAGUAGCUCUGCUGAAGAUAGUGAUUUUGAAGAAAUGGGGAAAAACAUUGAGAACAUGCUGCAAAACAAGAAAACUAGCUCUCAACUCUCUCGAGAAAGAGAAGAGCAAGAGAGAAAGGAGUUACAGCGAAUGCUAAUGGGUGAAGAUAGCGGGAAUGAUAAGGAGAGAAGCAGAAAGGACAAGAAAGAAAGAAAGGGACUAGGUGCAAGUUCAGCCGCAUCAGGUGGAUCUCACAAGGAUGAUGACACUGCUUCUGUGACAAGUUUGAAUUCGGCAGCAAGUGGCCGUCGCCUGAAGAUUUAUCGCACCUUUAGAGAUGAAGACGGGAAAGAAUAUGUGCGCUGUGAAACCGUGCGCAAGCCAUCUGUUAUCGAUGCCUAUAGCCGUAUUCGCACCACCAAAGAUGACGAGUUUAUACGGAAAUUUGCACUUUUUGAUGAGCAACAUCGUGAAGAGAUGAGAAAAGAGAGGAGAAGGAUACAGGAGCAGCUCCGUAGGCUGAAGCGGAAUCAGGAAAAGGAGAAACUGCGGGGGCCGCCUGAGAAAAAACCCAAGAAAAUGAAGGAGCGUCCUGAUCUCAAGCUUAAAUGUGGAGCCUGCGGAGCUAUUGGCCACAUGAGAACAAACAAGUUUUGCCCACUGUAUUACCAAACCAAUGCUCCCCCAUCCAAUCCUGUGGCUAUGACAGAGGAACAGGAGGAGGAGCUGGAGAAAACUGUAAUACAUAAUGACAACGAGGAACUAAUAAAAGUGGAGGGCACUAAAAUUGUGCUAGGGAAGCAGCUUAUUGAAAGUGCUGAUGAAGUGCGUAGGAAAUCGCUGGUUCUGAAAUUCCCCAAACAACAGUUGCCUCAAAAGAAGAAGCGCAGAGUUGGGAGCACUGUGCACUGCGAUUACCUUAAUCGUCCCCACAAGUCUAUCCACCGCCGAAGAACAGAUCCUAUGGUUACCCUUUCUUCUGUCUUGGAGUCUAUUAUUAAUGAUAUGAGAGACAUGCCCAACACCUAUCCAUUUCAUAGUCCUGUUAAUGCAAAAGUUGUGAAAGACUAUUACAAGAUUGUGAUCAAUCCCAUGGAUCUCCAGACAUUAAGGGAGAAUGUGCGCAAGAGAAUGUACCCAUCCCGAGAAGAGUUCCGAGAAGCAGUGGAACUAAUAGUAAAGAAUAGCAUUCUGUACAAUGGGCCCAAGCAUUCAUUGACCCAAAUAUGUCAGGCAAUGCUGGAACUGUGCGAGGAGAAACUGAGGGAGAAAGAGGACAAGUUGGCUCGUCUGGAGAAAGCUAUUAACCCUUUGCUGGAUGAUGAUGACCAGGUUGCCUUCUCCUUUAUUCUGGACAACAUAGUUACACAAAAGAUGAUGGCUGUGCCGGAUUCUUGGCCAUUCCACCACCCAGUGAACAAAAAGUUUGUUCCUGACUAUUAUAAAGUAAUUGUUAAUCCAAUGGACCUGGAAACAAUAAGACAGAAUAUUUCUAAACACAAGUAUCAGAAUCGUGAAUUCUUUCAGGCUGAUGUUAACCUAAUAUAUGCAAACAGCAUAAAAUACAAUGGGCAAGACAGUCAGUACAGUAAAACCGCUCAAGAAAUUGUCAACAUUUGUAUCCAGACUUUGUUGGAGUAUGAUGAGCAUCUGACACAACUGGAAAAGGACAUCUCCACUGCCAAAGAGGCAGCCUUGGAAGAGGCGGACCUGGAAAGCUUAGACCCAAUGACUCCUGGGCCUUACACACCACAGCCUCCCGACUACUAUGAUACAAAUACCUCACACAGCAUGUCUCGUGAGGCCUCCUUUUACCAAGAUGAGAGUAAUUUGUCUGCUACAGAAAUUGCCACAGCCUCACUAGAGAAACGAAGCCUGAUGAGAUUAGGAAGGUCCCGUAUGGGUGAGGAUGAUUCUGAUGUUGAUAUAGAAGGGUAUGAAGAUGAAGAUGAUGGAAAGCCAAAAACCCCAGCUCCUGAAGUUGAAGAUGCUGAGGAAGAUGAGAAUUCAGUACAGCAGCCUCAAGCAAGCGUUCUCUAUCAGGAUUUAUUGAUGUCAGAAGGAGAGGAUGAUGAGGAUGAUGGAAGUGAUGAAGAAGGAGAUAAUCCCUUUUCCUCAAUUCAGCUCAGUGAGAGUGGCAGUGACUCCGAUAUUGAGUCUGCAGGGAUUAGGCCCAAGCAACCCCAUAUGAUGCAGGAAAAUACCAGGAUGGGGAUGGAAAAUGAAGAAAGUAUGAUGUCUUAUGGAGAAGGAGCUGAUGCAUCACAUGUAUUGGAAGACAGUAACAUCAGUUAUGAAAGCUAUGAAGAGCCAGAUCCAAAAUCCAAUACAAGGGACACUAGCUUCAGCAGCAUGGGAGGUUAUGAGUUAUCAGAGGAAGAGGAGGAUGAGGACGAGGAACAUCAUGGACCUAGUGUACUCAGCCAAGUGCAGCUGUCUGAAGAUGAGGAGGACAGCGAAGAAUUCCGGUCAAUUGGAGGGGACAGUGACAUAGAUUCUGACAAUGAAUAAAAAUUAGAAUUGCCAUUCUAAUAAUUUUUUAUGCAGUCUGUUGUACAGCCAGUAGUUUGUAAUUUUCUACUUCCUGGAAUGUUCCGUCACAUGCUUAUCUGUGUGUACAGUACUUUUCUGCUCAUAUUUACAUUGACACAUGUGACUUUGCCCCAGCUCAGUAAAGCAUAAAGAGGAUUAUACUAAGUUGACAUAGGGAUUUCUCACUGUGACUUUUCAUAUGUUUAAGGGGGAGGGGUAUAACUCCUAAGAUGUAGAUUCUGGCUUUUAAGCGCAGUGAUUUGCUGUGUAAAAGCUACACUUAAAAUCAUGCAUGACCAGAAUCAGAUAUCUGGGUUACAUUUAUAAUGAUCAGUAGGAUUUUGCAAAAUGGGACUGCUAUCUGGUUUUACUUUGCUUGAAACAUUCAUAUCCGGGCUUAGAAACAGGCCUGGACUGGCAAUCUGUGGCAAAUACAAGAGGGGCUGCUGCCAUUCGCUGGUGGGGGGCUGUUUUGGGCCUCUGUGUACUUGAAAUUCCAGGGCCUAUCUUGAAUUCCAAUCCAGGCCUGUUUAGAAGCAUAUACCCAAAACGUAAUUUAUAGUUUAGGAUAGUUUCUGUAUCAGAAACUCAUCCUGAGCGCUACAGUCUUUUACUGUAUAGCUGUGUAAAUUCUUUAGUGUAAAUAUAUUCUCAUUUUUUGCUUCAAAAAAACCCCAAAAAACUUGCAUUGAUACACAAAUAAAAGGAAACUAGUGAAUAUUGUUUUUCUUUCUUGGUUCUUAUAUUGAUGUAUAUUGCAUUUAUUUUUAUUAAAAAGUUUCCAUUAUU